AUUUUAGCACGGAUGUUUCUGUUCUUUAUGGUUACUAACAGAGUCAUUUCUUCAGAGCGCCCCAGCCGAAGUCUCUGGUUCGAUCGGAAUGAUUAAUUUACAAGGAGCCAUGCUUAUUGAUGUCGAUCUAUUAAAUUCAUUACAUAUUUUACCAUCACCUGCACCGGGGGCACAACAGAAAACUGGAUGCAACCCCUUAUUAGAAUUUGUGGACAAAACAGUCACCGUUUGUGGUAGCCAGUUACUAAAAUCCUGGUUGAUAAGGCCGCUGACAGAUUUGGAUAUCUUGGUGGAAGGACUCAACACAGUAGAUUAUCUCAUUUGUCCUGAAAUUUACACUCUAACGCUGCAACUACAAAAUUCCCUUUCAAAAAUUGGAAAUAUACCUUUAGCAUUAUCUUGCUUAAAGUCAGGUAACUGCACCUGGAGAACCUGGAAGAUUAUCAUUGGUUUCGUUGAAAGUACCAUAACCAUCCACACUUUAUUGAGGGCUUCCCAUAAUCAACACAAGUCUCUGCUUAUCGAAACGAUCACCAGCCAUUUGAAUUUUGAUCUUUGUCAAACAGUGCUAAGUUACUUGAGGCAUUGCAUUGAUUUUGCAGCUUGCGAGAAUUCGCAGCCUUUGAAAAUACUACCUAAUGUUGACUGUAGGUUGGAUGACUUAAGAUCAAUUUAUGAUAGCUUGGAGACGAUACGUCAUGAGACGGAGAAGUGAUUUUGCAAACUCCUCAUAACCUCAAGAACUUAGUCAACACUGCUUACAUUCCGCAGGUUGGUCUUCUUGUUUCAUUACAGACGAACAAAGAAACCUUGCAAGAAUUACCGUGGGAAUUAAUCUUCUGUACAGAAUCAACUGCCUACUUCAAGAAUGAUGCGGUAAGACUACUAGAUGAGAAGUAUGGGGACAUAUAUGGCUUAGUUUGUGACCGUGAGAUUGAGACAAGACACGAAAUACAAACAGCUAUAUUGAAUGAAGAAUCAUCACUCAUACAAGCAUUUCAAACUCUCACGGAGUUAGAU